CGGCGCGGCGGGAGCGCGCUCCGCGCGUGUGCGUUCACGGCGGCGGUUGGUAGCGCGCAGACUGUGUGAAGUGAGGCAAGGCGGCUUCGGACCCACGGACCGACAGACCGAGCGGCCCCUACGGCCGUCGGCGGCCAGGCGGCCCGAGAUGUUGUCUGGGAAGAAAGCAGCAGCCGCCGCAGCGGCGGCGGCGGCGGCGGCAGCGGCCGGGUCGGAGGCCGGUGCCUCGGCAGCGGGCGGCGCGGAGAACGGCUCGGAGGUGACUGCGCCGCCCGCGGGCCUGUCCGGCCCCGCCGAGGCCGGGCCGGGGGCAGCUGGGGAGCGCACUCCCCGCAAGAAGGAGCCCCCGCGAGCCUCUCCCCCCGGGGGCCUGGCCGAGCCGCCGGGGUCCGCCGGGCCUCAAGCCGGGCCUACCGUCGUGCCUGGAUCUGCGACCCCCAUGGAAACGGGAAUCGCAGAGACUCCGGAGGGGCGACGGACCAGCCGGCGCAAGCGGGCGAAGGUAGAGUACAGAGAGAUGGAUGAAAGCUUGGCCAACCUCUCAGAAGAUGAGUAUUAUUCAGAAGAAGAAAGAAAUGCUAAAGCAGAGAAGGAGAAGAAGCUUCCCCCACCACCACCUCAAGCCCCACCUGAGGAAGAAAAUGAAAGUGAGCCUGAGGAACCAUCCGGGCAAGCAGGAGGACUUCAAGACGACAGUUCUGGAGGGUAUGGAGACGGCCAAGCAUCAGGUGUGGAGGGUGCAGCUUUCCAGAGUAGACUUCCUCAUGACCGAAUGACUUCUCAAGAAGCAGCCUGUUUUCCAGAUAUUAUCAGUGGACCACAGCAGACUCAGAAGGUUUUUCUAUUCAUUAGAAACCGCACAUUGCAGUUAUGGUUGGAUAAUCCAAAGAUUCAGCUGACAUUUGAGGCUACUGUCCAACAAUUAGAAGCACCUUACAACAGUGAUACUGUGCUUGUCCACCGAGUUCACAGUUAUUUGGAGCGUCAUGGUCUUAUCAACUUCGGCAUCUAUAAGAGGAUAAAGCCUCUCCCAACUAAAAAGACAGGAAAGGUUAUCAUUAUAGGUUCUGGGGUCUCAGGCUUGGCAGCAGCUCGUCAGUUACAAAGUUUUGGAAUGGAUGUCACACUUCUAGAAGCCAGGGAUCGUGUGGGUGGAAGAGUUGCUACGUUUCGCAAAGGAAACUAUGUAGCUGAUCUUGGAGCCAUGGUAGUAACAGGGCUUGGAGGGAAUCCCAUGGCUGUGGUCAGCAAACAAGUAAAUAUGGAACUGGCCAAGAUCAAGCAAAAAUGCCCACUUUAUGAAGCUAAUGGACAAGCUGACACUGUCAAGGUUCCUAAAGAGAAGGAUGAAAUGGUAGAGCAAGAGUUCAACCGGUUGCUGGAAGCUACAUCUUACCUUAGUCAUCAGCUCGACUUCAAUGUCCUCAAUAAUAAGCCUGUGUCCCUUGGCCAGGCAUUGGAAGUGGUCAUUCAGUUACAAGAAAAGCAUGUCAAAGAUGAGCAGAUUGAACACUGGAAGAAGAUAGUGAAAACUCAGGAGGAACUGAAAGAACUUCUUAACAAGAUGGUAAAUUUAAAAGAGAAAAUUAAAGAACUCCAUCAGCAAUACAAAGAAGCAUCUGAAGUCAAGCCACCCAGAGAUAUCACUGCUGAGUUCUUAGUGAAAAGCAAACACAGGGAUCUGACUGCCCUGUGCAAGGAGUAUGAUGAAUUAGCUGAAACACAAGGAAAACUAGAAGAAAAACUUCAAGAAUUGGAAGCCAAUCCCCCAAGUGAUGUAUAUCUCUCAUCAAGAGACAGACAAAUACUUGACUGGCAUUUUGCAAAUCUUGAAUUUGCUAAUGCCACACCUCUCUCUACACUCUCCCUUAAACACUGGGAUCAGGAUGAUGACUUUGAGUUUACUGGCAGCCACUUGACAGUGAGGAAUGGCUACUCAUGUGUGCCUGUGGCUUUAGCAGAAGGCCUGGACAUUAAGCUGAAUACAGCAGUUCGGCAAGUUCGCUACACCGCUUCAGGAUGUGAAGUGAUAGCUGUGAAUACCCGUUCCACAAGCCAAACUUUUAUUUAUAAAUGCGAUGCAGUUCUUUGUACCCUUCCCUUGGGUGUGCUGAAGCAACAGCCACCAGCUGUCCAGUUUGUGCCACCUCUUCCUGAGUGGAAAACAUCUGCAGUCCAAAGGAUGGGAUUUGGCAACCUUAACAAGGUUGUGUUGUGUUUUGACCGGGUAUUCUGGGAUCCAAGUGUCAAUUUGUUCGGGCAUGUAGGCAGUACGACUGCCAGCAGGGGUGAGCUGUUCCUGUUCUGGAACCUCUAUAAAGCUCCAAUACUAUUGGCACUAGUGGCAGGAGAAGCUGCUGGAAUCAUGGAAAACAUAAGUGAUGAUGUGAUUGUUGGCCGAUGCCUGGCCAUUCUCAAAGGGAUUUUUGGUAGCAGUGCAGUGCCCCAGCCCAAGGAAACUGUGGUAUCUCGCUGGCGAGCUGAUCCCUGGGCCCGGGGCUCCUAUUCUUAUGUAGCUGCAGGAUCAUCUGGGAAUGACUAUGACUUAAUGGCUCAGCCAAUCACUCCUGGCCCCUCAAUUCCAGGCGCCCCACAGCCUAUUCCACGACUCUUCUUUGCUGGAGAGCAUACAAUCCGUAACUACCCAGCAACAGUCCAUGGCGCUUUGCUGAGUGGGCUUCGAGAAGCAGGAAGGAUUGCAGACCAGUUCUUGGGGGCCAUGUACACUCUGCCUCGCCAGGCCACACCAAGCGUCCCUGCACAGCAGUCCCCAAGCAUGUGAGACAGAUGUGUUCUGCGGAAAGAAGCCAAUGUGUCUUUUGCUGCAUAAGCAAAGCUCUUCUAGCAAUAUCAGACUCUGCUGAGACUCACCCUGGCAUCUGGACUCUGGAUCAGCUACUGGAGCUCAUGAUGGUCAGGUAGCCAAGGAGCUCGCCUCCUUUGAGUGACUUAGAACUAGGGAGGCACUUGUCCAUUAGCGUGGGAGUCUGUGUCCCUUAUUAGGACUUGAGGCAAGUAAGUGCUCUGAGAGGACAUCUUAGUUCCUUGUGUGUGGUGGUUUUUUUAUAUUUUGAGAAUAAAACUUCUUAGAAAAUUA